UAAUUCUCUCGUGGGAGGUGUGAGAGAGACGACCAAGGCCAUGGGAUUCGAACGCUCGCACUUAGGGUAAUUGUUCUCUGUGUAAUCGAUCGAUCGAUCGAGAGUUCUCCGAUCGAUAGCAAAAUCUCUCUCGCGGAGAAUGUGUGUGGCAAUAUGGGCGCUGGAGGAGCAUCCGAUCUACAAAUUCAUCCUCACGCACAACCGCGAUGAAUUUCACUCGAGGGAGUCUUGCCCCGCUCACUGGUGGAAGGAAGAGCCGGGGAAUAUUCUCGCCGGUCGCGAUGGCAAGGAAGGAGGCACCUGGCUGGGAAUAUCCGCGACUGGCCGCCUGGCGUUUGUGACGAAUAUUCGCGAGCCACUCGAAAAGAAUGCCGCUGUCUCGAGAGGAUUUUUGCCUGUGCAGUUUCUACAGAGCGAGUUGAAUCCAAAAGACCACAUCGACCAGCUUUCCUCACAAGCGAUGAGCUACAAUGGUUUCAAUCUUGUGGUGGCGGAUGUACACUCGGGAGAAAUGGCUUGCUACUCGCACAGCCUCAAACUCGGGGAUACUCUCACGCACGAUAUCUCGAGAGGCAUUCAUGGAGUGAGCAAUGGAGUUUUCGAAUCAAACUGGCCCAAGGUUGAUAGGGGCAAACGCAAACUCAAAGAGCUACUCGAGAGGUAUCCGAACGAGGAAAUCCCCGAUAAGAUCAUCAUCGACGAGCUCUUGCGCGAUGGACGAGUUUUUGAGGACUCGGUUCUCCCGGCGACUGGCGUCACUCUGGAACGGGAGCGAAUGCUCAGCCCACUCUUUGUCAGCCAGGAGCAGUAUGGAACGAUCUGUAUGACGAUCAUAGCCGCGCGGCGAGACGAGGUCGUGUCAGUGUAUGAAGAGUACUUGAGCGGCGGGGUCUGGAAGAACCACAAGGUAGAAUUCGCAAUGAAGAAGCUAGAAUCGUCGUUAAACUAGCGCGAGCGUUCCAAAGAGGUCUGUGUUGUAGGAUCUAAUCUAAAGUUUUCUUGUGGAGCAACACUUACGCUAGAUGGAAUGGCCAGAACCAUAGAAACUGGCCUUAAAUGUAAUAAAUGAUUAAUUUACACUGUUUGCAUUAAGUAAAA